AUGACAGAAACAAAUACAACGUCCAACAAGAUUUCGGUGUUUGUUUCUGGAGGAUACGAGCCUCUGGCCAAAACACUGGUCAAAGAACUAUAUACUCGUCCCGAUAUUAUCGGAGAAAUACGCCUCGGAUUAUUCGAUGGACAAAUGCCACUAGAUACCGUGCGCGGCGGAGCGAAAAUUGCGCAAAUUAUCCCUUCGAAAAAAGAGACCAUCGAAUCGGCAUUGAAAGGAAUUGACGCGGCUUUUAUUUGGCGUACAGAGAAUGAAGAUGAAAAUUUGAUUUUUCAGUAUAUUGACGCAAUUUUAGAACAAGCUAAUAAUGAUGUCAAAGGAUUGGUCAUUCUUUCUUCAUACGACGAUAGUCCAAAUUCAGGAAAAGAGAUUGAGGAGUACCUUGUCAAUAAAUCAUCAUCGUUGAAGUCACCCCCAUCCGUUAUUAUGCUAAAAGUACCAAUUUUCACGCAUCAUUUCGACUUGUACGUCAAAUCUCUUGUCAGUGAAAAAAUUUUGCAACUUCCAAUCGGAAUAGAAGGGAGAUUUGCGCCAUUGGAUGAUAAUGAUUUUGCUAUAGCUAUAACUAAUCUUUUAGUGAAGACUGCAACAACGGCGAAUGAUGCUCAAAAAAUCGACCCCAAUGCCCACAUCAAAACAAUUACACUCAACGGUCCAAAAUUUUAUACUGGGCCUGAGCUAGCGGAAAAAUUAUCAAUCAUACGAAAAGAAGAGAUCAGUUUCAGCGGAACAUCGUUGAACGAGGCUGAAGUUUUUCUGUCGCACGUUUUACCACCGAAUUCCGAAUCACGGAUAAAGAGAUAUCAGGAAUUGUAUCGUGCUAUUCGUGAUGGUGAAAUUGUUAAUGAUUAUGAUUACGAUUUGAAUAAGCUGUUGGGCGGCCAGCAACCGAGAGAUGUAGAUGCUUAUUUUUCGGAAAUUUUUUCAAGGGGCUCGAUGUCACAAUCUGUUAGACAAUAUCGGGGAUUUUAA